AUGUCUGAUUGGGAUACGAACACUGUGAUUGGGAGCAGGGCGCGCGGCGGCGGUGCCGGUGGUGGUCCAAGACAGACCGUUGCGAGGACCGCAGGAGCGAUCAACGCUGCGAGAAGACAAGGGCUUGUCGUGUCCGUGGACAAGAAGUACGGGACGACGAACGCCAAGGGGGACAACGAGGGCCAGCGGUUGACGAAAGUGGACCGGGAGACGGACAUCGUGAAGCCGAAGCGUGUGGAGGCCUCCGUCGGGAAGGCCAUCGCGCAGGCCCGUGCUGCGAAACAGCUCUCGCAGAAGGAGCUCGCCACGAAGAUCAACGAGAAACCCACUGUGAUCAACGACUACGAGGCCGCGAGGGCGAUCCCCAACCAGCAGGUGCUGGGCAAAUUGGAGAGAGCGCUGGGCGUGAAGCUUAGAGGCAAGAACGUCGGUGAACCGCUGUUCAAGAAGAAAUGA